UAUAUUUUAUAAGUCAAAUAUAACGUGUAAGCGUUAGUGCAUUAUAUGUGUGUGAGUGAGUGUCCGCGUUUUUAAAAUCGCGUGCUGAUUCGUAUGCCAAGAAAAAAUAUGCACCAUUCCAAAUCGAAGGAUGGUGACAUCGAAAACGAAGGGACACCCGGUAUAUACACUUUAUCCGUUAUAUCAGACAGUAGAAAUAAUCUCAAUAUUGGGAAUUCAACGACCGUAUUGGUGUCAGAUCAAACUGAAAAAGAAAGAGCUAAAUGGGGAAGUGAAUUAGAAUUUUUAAUGUCAUGCGUAGCUUUUUCCGUUGGCCUUGGUAAUGUUUGGAGGUUUCCAUAUACGGCAUACGAAAAUGGUGGCGGGGCUUUCCUGAUACCUUAUAUAAUAGUUUUAUUUAUAAUAGGAAAGCCCAUAUAUUACAUGGAAAUGAUUUUGGGACAAUUUAGUAGCCGUUCUUGUAUCGAUAUAUGGUCAAUAUCACCGGCAUUCAAAGGUAUCGGUUAUGGUGUUACAAUGGCAGUAUUUGCAGUAGUCACUUAUUAUUCAGCUCUUAUGGCAUUGAUAGUGUAUUACAUGAUAGCAAGUUUUCAAUCUGUACUUCCAUGGUCAUAUUGUUGGGAUGAUUGGGGUGAUAUUUGUUUCAAUAGUACCUUGACGUCGAAUCAUACCAACAACGGCAAUAAAAGCAGCUCGGCUGAAUUAUAUUUUAGGAAAGUAGUUCUUAAUGAAACCAACAUCGACAAUGGAUUAGGGUUGCCAUCUUGGAAAUUAGUACUAUCUUUGUUAGCAAGUUGGGCAUUCGUUUAUGGUGUGAUUUCGAAAGGUGUUAAAAGUACUGGAAAGUUCUCUUACUUUUUAGCUUUAUUCCCAUAUAUUAUUAUGAUUUGUCUAUUAAUAAGAGGCGUAACCUUAAACGGUGCCAUCAAUGGGAUAAUAUUUUUAUUCAAACCAACAUGGAAUAAAAUCUUUGAUCCAUCGGUCUGGUAUGCGGCUGUUACGCAAUCAUUUUUUUCCCUUGGCGUUUGUUUCGGUGCCGUAACCAUGUAUUCAUCUUAUAAUAACUUCGAUCAUAACGUAUCAAGAGAUUGUUUGAUAGUAACAACAAUGGACCUUUGCACCAGUUUAAUUGCUGGUGCUACAAUAUUUGGUAUACUAGGAAAUUUAGCUUACGAAAUUGGUACCGAUGAUAUCAGUAGUGUUGUAAGAGCUGGAACCGGUCUAGCAUUUAUUUCAUAUCCUGAAGCAUUAGCAAAGUUCACGGCCGCUCAACAACUUUUCUCAGUCUUCUUUUUUCUAAUGCUUUUUGUAUUAGGAAUAGGCACUACCGUUGCAUUCAGUGGUGUUAUCAUCAGUAUCAUUAAGGAUCAAUUUCCUCGUAUCAGUCAAUGGAAGAUAUCUGCUUGUUUUUGUUUCAUUGGUUUCCUUAUCGGCAUUGUUUAUUGUACUCCAGGUGGACAAUAUAUUCUCAACUUGGUUGAUUAUUUUUGCGGAACAUUCAUUUUAGUAAUACUUGCGUCAUUCGAAGUAAUUGCGAUAUCGUGGAUAUAUGGCAUAGAUAAUUUUCUCGAUGACGUUGAAUUUAUGUCCGGUACAAGGCCGUCGUUCUAUUGGAGAUUUUGUUGGGGUGUUUUGACCCCAGUAUCAUUGUUCGUCAUUCUAAUUUAUUUUCUAUGCAGUUAUGCACCAUUGACUUAUAACGACGAGCAUUAUCCUGAUUCCGCAUACGCUGCUGGUUGGAUACUUUUGAUUAUCGGUGCGGCACAACUUCCCAUAUGGAUAAUUAUUUCUAUUUUAAACAAUAAAAAUGCACCAUUGUCUAUCGCAUUUAUAGCGAAGGAAGAUUGGGGUCCAAAAGAUAAGAAAUGUUUUAAAAAAUGGAAAGAUUUUAAAGAAUCCAAAAAAAUACAAAAUAAUUCUAUCAAUGAACGUACAAAAUUAAUUCAAUUAUUGUUCGGGAGGCAAUAAAGUAAAAACAUGUGUUAUUUAUAAGUAAUAAGUUAGGUUUACUUAGAACAAAGAUAUAAAUUGUAGUAUUU